CGAACAGAAAGACAUUUGAAGUACGUAGUCGACGAUAUAUAGAAUUAUCAAACUCAGACGAGCUAGACGGUAUUGAAAUAACCGGUAGUGGUUGCAUUAACGCUGUCGUUCACUGCCGUUUGCUGCUGAUAGACCGUUUCAUUUUUGACCCCCUUUAUAUCAGAAAGUAAAGUAACUACAAAAAAGUUAUGAUGCAAGCUAAUUUUUGGAACUUGGUCACCACCUCUGUCAGACCGAUAUGCGUCAAGCGAGUCAUACCAGGCUUGACAGCUGCACAGCAACGUAUGUACUCUAGCACAGUAGAAGCGGAUCUUGUAGUAAUCGGCGGAGGACCCGGUGGUUAUGUAGCAUCGAUUAAAGCUGCACAGUUAGGAAUGAAAACAGUUUGCGUAGAAAAAGAAGAAACUUUAGGUGGCACUUGUCUCAACGUUGGAUGCAUUCCAUCGAAAUCUCUUUUAAAUAAUUCGCAUUACUAUCACAUGGCACAUAGCGGAGACUUACAAAAUCGUGGUAUUAUAGUUCAAAAUGUUCAACUUAAUCUCGAUAAAGUGAUGGAACAAAAGCGUAACGUGGUGAAAGCUUUGACCAGUGGUAUCGCUGGACUUUUUAAGAAGAAUAAAGUCGAAUGGGUUAAGGGCCAUGGAAAAAUUACUGGUAAAAACCAGGUGACCGCGCUUGGUCCGGAUGGGUCAGUGUUAAGCACAAUUAAUACUAAAAACAUUAUAAUUGCAACUGGCAGUGAAGUCUCGCCGUUUCCUGGUAUAGAAAUCGAUGAGAAACAGGUAGUCUCCUCUACGGGAGCGUUAUCACUCAGUCAAGUUCCUAAGAGACUCAUAGUAAUCGGCGCUGGAGUUAUUGGUCUGGAACUAGGCUCUGUUUGGCAAAGGUUGGGCUCCGAAGUAACCGCAAUCGAAUUUAUGCCAACUAUCGGCGGAGCAGGUAUCGACGGUGAAGUUAGUCAGACGCUACAAAAAGUUUUAAGCAAACAGGGCGUCGGUUUCAAAUUAGGUACUAAAGUUACUGCCGCCAAAAAAUCAGGCAACGAAAUUGUAGUUUCCGUUGAAAAUGCAAAAGAUCCUAGUAAAAAGGAGGAUCUGCCGUGCGAUGUUCUUUUAGUUUGCGUUGGUAGAAGGCCGUACACGAAAAAUUUAGGUCUAGAAGAUUUGGGAAUCGAAAGGGACGAAAAGGGCAGGAUCCCUGUUAAUAACAGAUUUCAAACAGUGGUACCUUCAAUAUUUGCAAUCGGAGAUUGCAUUCACGGGCCAAUGUUGGCUCACAAGGCGGAAGAAGAGGGUGUUAUUACGGUUGAGGGCAUUACCGGAGGUGCCGUUCAUAUCGAUUACAAUUGCGUUCCCAGCGUAAUAUAUACACAUCCCGAAGUUGGUUGGGUAGGCAAAACGGAAGAAGACUUAAAGAAGGAAGGUAUCGACUACAAAAUUGGCAAAUUCCCGCAUUUGGCGAAUUCCAGAGCAAAGACGAAUAUGGAGACGGAUGGCUUCGUUAAAGUUUUAGCCGAUAAGAGUACGGAUAAAAUAUUAGGUGUCCACAUGAUCGGUUCAGUUGCCGGUGAACUCAUCAACGAGGCUGUCCUCGCUAUGGAAUACGGAGCAAGCGCGGAAGACGUCGCGAGAACGUGUCACGCACAUCCGACGUGCGCCGAGGCUUUGAAGGAAGCUAAUUUAGCUGCGUCUUUCGGUAAACCUAUUAAUUUCUAAAUACCUUCACGAAGAAUUCAAGAAUCAAGAAAUCUGCGUACUUUGACUCGUCGUAGCUUCGAUCUAGUCUACGCCCCAACGUUACGUUGCGUUAUACGUUUAGCGCGCGAGUUUCGUCAUCGGUUAAUAACAUAAGAAAAAAAGUUGUAAAUAAAAGUAUAAGGCAAUUUAUCAAAGUAUCACUUCUUUUAUAUUAGGUUUACCUUUGUUUUGUGAUUAUUGUAUUUAUUAUAAAUAAAUUAAUGUUCCAUUACAAAA